GUAGCUCAGGUCAGUCGGUCCAGUCAGCAGUCAUCCACGCAUCUAUCUAUAUUCCCUUUUCUUAAAUUAGCCACUUUAAGCUUCGCGAUACCGCCCCCAAUUUCAGCGUCGGUACGGAGCCGCCAGGCCGGGACAGAGACGGAGAGAGAGGCCUCGGCCAUGGAAGCGCUCGGACCCGGCCCGCCUGCCCCUACCUCUCUGUUUCAGCCUCCGCGGCGUCCCGGCCUCGGCACGGUGGGGAAACCCAUCCGGCUCCUUGCCAACCACUUCCAGGUGCAGAUUCCCAAGAUUGAUGUCUAUCACUAUGAUAUCGACAUCAAGCCUGAGAAACGGCCUCGAAGGGUCAACAGGGAGGUGGUGGACACCAUGGUGCGGCACUUCAAGAUGCAGAUCUUUGGAGACCGACAGCCUGGCUAUGAUGGGAAGAGGAACAUGUACACAGCACAUCCACUGCCAAUAGGGAGAGACAGGGUGGAUCUGGAGGUGACCCUGCCUGGCGAGGGGAAGGAUCAGACGUUCAAGGUGUCUUUGCAGUGGGUGUCCGUGGUCAGUCUUCAGAUGCUGCUGGAAGCCCUGUCAGGCCACCUUAACGAGGUCCCCGAAGACUCUGUUCAGGCUCUGGAUGUCAUCACACGGCACCUGCCUUCCAUGAGGUACACUCCAGUGGGGCGCUCGUUUUUCUCCCCUCCGGAGGGCUAUUACCAUCCUCUUGGUGGAGGCAGGGAGGUGUGGUUUGGUUUCCAUCAGUCUGUCCGUCCUGCCAUGUGGAACAUGAUGCUCAACAUCGAUGUGUCAGCCACUGCUUUCUACCGUGCUCAGCCUGUGAUAGAGUUCAUGUGCGAGGUGCUUGACAUACAGAACAUCAAUGAACAGACCAAACCACUGACCGACUCGCAGCGCGUCAAAUUCACCAAGGAAAUAAGAGGCUUGAAAGUUGAGGUCACGCACUGUGGUCAGAUGAAGAGGAAGUAUCGUGUGUGCAAUGUCACUCGCCGACCCGCCAGCCACCAGACGUUCCCCUUACAGCUUGAGAACGGCCAAGCCAUGGAGUGCACAGUAGCACAGUAUUUCAAGCAGAAGUACAAUCUGCAGCUGAAGUAUCCACAUUUACCCUGCCUGCAAGUAGGGCAGGAACAGAAGCACACCUAUCUUCCCCUGGAGGUCUGUAAUAUUGUAGCAGGCCAGCGCUGUAUCAAGAAACUGACAGACAACCAGACAUCCACCAUGAUUAAAGCUACAGCUCGCUCAGCCCCUGACAGACAGGAAGAGAUCAGCAGACUGGUCAAAAGCAACAGCAUGGUCGGGGGCCCGGACCCUUACCUGAAAGAAUUUGGUAUUGUGGUGCACAAUGACAUGACGGAGGUGACGGGGCGUGUUCUCCCUGCGCCCAUGCUGCAGUAUGGGGGCCGGGUGAGUACAGACACAGGGAGGGACUGUGGCAGGGGACUCUCUCCGCAGAAUAAAACCGUGGCCACGCCCAACCAGGGCGUGUGGGACAUGAGAGGGAAGCAGUUCUACGCUGGCAUCGAGAUCAAGGUCUGGGCUGUGGCCUGCUUCGCCCCACAGAAACAGUGUCGGGAGGACCUGCUCAAGAGCUUCACUGACCAGCUGCGAAAGAUCUCAAAGGAUGCUGGGAUGCCCAUUCAAGGCCAGCCCUGUUUCUGUAAAUACGCCCAAGGAGCUGACAGUGUGGAGCCCAUGUUCAAACACCUCAAAAUGUCUUAUGUAGGCCUGCAGCUGAUUGUGGUCAUUCUGCCGGGCAAAACACCCGUCUAUGCUGAGGUAAAGCGGGUGGGAGACACACUCCUCGGCAUGGCCACCCAGUGUGUCCAGGUGAAGAACGUAGUGAAGACGUCCCCUCAGACCCUCUCCAACCUCUGCCUCAAGAUCAACGCCAAGCUGGGAGGCAUCAACAACGUCCUGGUGCCUCAUCAGAGGCCCUCUGUGUUCCAGCAGCCGGUCAUCUUCUUAGGGGCUGAUGUGACACAUCCUCCAGCAGGUGAUGGGAAGAAGCCGUCCAUCGCGGCGGUGGUGGGCAGCAUGGACGGCCACCCCAGCAGAUACUGUGCAACAGUGCGAGUCCAGACAUCCAGACAAGACAUGUCCCAGGAGCAGCUAUUCAGCCAGGAGGUAAUCCAAGACUUGACCAACAUGGUGCGGGAGCUGCUCAUCCAGUUCUACAAGUCCACACGCUUCAAGCCCACACGCAUCAUCUAUUAUCGUGGCGGCGUGUCUGAGGGACAGAUGAAACAGGUGGCGUGGCCGGAGCUGAUAGCCAUCCGCAAAGCAUGUAUCAGUCUGGAGGAGGAUUAUCGGCCAGGCAUUACCUACAUCGUGGUCCAGAAACGUCACCACACUCGUCUCUUCUGCUCUGACAAAGCUGAGAGGGUGGGGAAGAGCGGUAAUGUCCCAGCUGGCACCACAGUGGACAGUACCAUCACACACCCGUCCGAGUUUGACUUCUACCUGUGCAGCCAUGCUGGGAUUCAGGGAACCAGUCGUCCCUCCCACUACCACGUCCUGUGGGAUGACAACUGUUUCACGGCCGAUGAACUGCAGCUCCUCACCUACCAGCUGUGCCACACCUACGUCCGCUGCACUCGUUCCGUCUCCAUCCCGGCACCGGCCUACUACGCCAGGCUGGUGGCUUUCCGAGCCCGCUACCACCUGGUGGACAAAGACCAUGACAGUGCUGAAGGCAGCCACGUGUCAGGCCAGAGUAACGGCCGGGACCCCCAGGCUCUGGCCAAGGCAGUUCAGAUCCACUAUGAUACCCAGCACACCAUGUACUUCGCCUGAGCUAGCGAGCACGUCAGCCAGUCCACCCGCGGAUUCCCUGUUUGUUUUUUUUGUUUUUUUCUUCUGUCUUUUUUAUCUCUUCUUUGCCAGUCUCUCUCUUCUCCUAUCUCUCUCUCUCCUUGUAGUCUGUCUCUUACUCUUCACAUACUCACUUUACAUUUUCUGAAUCUGCACCAAAGCGGCUCUUGGACAGGAGAACCUGCUGUGUCUCAAUGUCCAGCAGUUUCCUUUUCAUGGAACAGUCUCCAACCAGCGUUCCCAAUUGAGCCGCCUUUCUAACCAGCAAUUCAGCACUGCGAACCCUUGAGGGCUCCCAGUGCACCAAAAAAAAAAAAAAAAAAGAAAAAACAAAAACAAACCAUACCCACACAUACUACAAGUUGAGCCAUUAUUUUUAGUUUGUUUUUGUUUUUUCUAUUUGAAUGUCUGUACUCUUGUGUUCGUAAGAUACACUGAGCAAGGGAGUGGACUGGCACAACCUGUGUCAGCACAGCUCUUUAGCUCUCCCAGCUAAGCAGGACUCUUAUCUACUUUUACCUCAAAGCCCCUUUGGGCAAAAUCUGUCACAAGGUCUUGGGUUUAUUGGGUGGUGGGAAGGGAACUCUACAUGAAAAGAGAUGGAGGGGAGUUGACCUUUUGAGAAUGAUAUAUAUAUUUUUUCCUUUUUAUGAGCGUGUGUUUUAACUUUUUCUCCUUUACGGUCUUUUACAAGCGAGGUGACCUGGGUGUCCAUGCCCAUCAUUACUUUCCUCCCAUCUUAGCAAAGAAUACGCAAGUCUGUAUGCGACUGAGUGUUGUGUGUGUGUGUGUGUGUGUGUGUUUAUGUGAGCGUGUGCGCAUCUCUGUAUAUACAUGUACUGCUGUAUGAGAGUGUGUUCAUGUGUGCAUGUGUUUCAUGGCAGGCCACUGAAUUGUAAAGGGAAAUCAAGGAGAUAACUGCUGUAAAUGCCUCAGAUUUGUUGUUUUUAUAUUCACACAUACAGUACAAAUAAGCAUAUAUUUACAUCUAUAGAGCAACUUUGAGACAUAUGACUUAAACAGGCCUCAUAGAGGCUGGUGUGGGUAUUUGUAGCAGUCCUGGUUCACUUAUGAAUUGAAAUGCUUUGAGUUACGUUUUGAACAUCUGUGCUUUAGGGCAAGAUGGGUGGGAUUUGUGCCUUUGUGUGCCUCAAAACAUCGUUUAAUCCCAGAAGAAAUAAGUAACUUAACUCAUUUAAAGUAAUAAGUGAAACCAGGUCUGAUGUGUAGCAGUAGUUACUGUGGUCUGGCCUGUGACUGGCUCAGCAUUGGGACCUGUUGAAUGGCUGAAGGCAUUAGACACAGAGAGUGGUCUUAUCAGCCUUGCUCUCUGUGUGAAAAGCGGGAUCUUAUUUUUCCUUGGACCUGAUUAUCUGAAAGAUUAUAUGAUGACACUGCUGGACGUUGCUUUUCUGUCUUUUUGUUUUUUUGUUUUUUGUUUUUUGUUUUUUGGUUAAGUAGUUUCAAGGGCCGGAAACCAACAUAGUUUUUUGAGGUCUCCUUUGCUAAUACUGGCCAACUCAUUGCACUGACCCGGGACGCUAGGCAAGCAACAGAGGGCACUCUCAAUCUCUCUUACCUUUAUGCAUUUAUACAUAUGAAUCAACAAAGCAGAUUUGUAAAAGUUUAAUAUAAGAUGUUUUGUGGUUAUCUUAAAAAAAACUGUUGUUUAGAAUUAGUAGUUUACCAUUGAUGUUGUUGUUGUUAUCGUUGUUGUCAAUGUUGUUACUAUUGUGAUGAAAUUUUAAGGAUGGCAGCAAAGCUAGUUAUAUAGUUACUAGUGCGACUUCAGGAAUAGACUUCGGUUGUUGAGCUGCAGGUUACGGAGUAGAGCUUUGGGUUGGACAUUUUUUUGUAGCAUUCUGGCUAAUGGUGAGAAGAAGUUGGCCCCAAGGUGGAUGAAUUCUUGCUUCCCCUGUAGGUUCUGAUGUGAGUAAAGGUUAGCGGCAGGUUGGAGGUAUUGUGUAGCACUCCGCCCGGUUAAACAGAUCUGCCGAAAUCAGUUGGUUUUGAUCAGAUAGAUGGAGACAAUCAGGGAUUGUAAUCAGACUGAACCUAGAUUAAGGAAUUUGUUAAAAAGCAGUUUGUGAUAGGCAAUGAGUUGAAUUUUUAGACUUUUUAAAAAUGGUUUCUAUUACUCUGUGUGUAUUUGAAGUAUACCCAUCUUAAAGUCUCUACUAUUUAAUGGUGUUUGUUUCCUAUUUUUAUGCAUUUUUAACACUGGAUUAAAUGAAUUGACAAUAAGCAUAAGCACUGCCCUUGGACCCCCUGUACAAACACUCAGCAAACUGUUGCCAUAGGCCAAAAAAAAAAACACAGUGACCUGAAGUGGUGACAUUUGCGCAAGUGGUGCCCCCUGGUGUUGCGAUUGGAGAUAAAGAUGUAGGACAGAAGGUUUGGAGAAACAGUCGACGUGCACGCCUCAUCAGGGGGGGACAGCUCAUUGAAAACCCUUUUGUAAUAAACCACCCGUAAAGCAGCAGGUUUACUAUGAAUGAGUUUGAGCACCUGCCUGUUGAAGGCGUGGGCGUUGGCGUCAGAGAAGAAGCAGUGAAUGAGGAGGGCUAGUUUGGGGGGGGGGGGGGGGGGGAUUGGGAGGGUGUUGUCCAGGCAUUGCAUGCAAUAAGUUGUACUCUUUGCUUAAAGGGGGCAGAUCAGUUUUUAAAACAUGCACUAGUUUUACCAGUCAAGUCAGCGAUUGUGAUUGAACAUUCAUCUGGCAUCUCUAAUGGGGAAUGAUUUGAUGUUUUAAAUCACAAUAUUUGAUCAUUAAACUCCAGUCAGAUAAAUGAUCACUUCCUAUUUGUACCAUGACAUUGGAAAGCAAUAUUAACCCAGUUCUAGUUUUCAAAUGUGGAGAAACAAAGCUAUAAUUCUACUCAUUGUGGUUGUUGGUCUACUCUCACUAUUGUGUCUCUGUACUUUUAUUUUUUUUUAAUUUUUUGUUUAUUUUAUUUGCUUCUAUCAAUCAGUGGGAAUGUGCAUUUGGUGGAAUAGUUAUGUAGGCUUUAGACAAUUUUCUUUAAAGUAACAAAAUUUAGACUUUGCUUGCCUGCAUGCCAGAGUAUUGUCCUUUUUAAAAAGAAAAAAAAGAAAAAAUCUUUUUGGAAUCAUAUUUAUUAUGAGAAAGAAAAAAAAUAUAAGUGCUUUUUUUUUUUUUCUUCUUUUUUUGGGUUAAAUGUUUAUCAACUUAGUGGGACUGUUUUAGGCUAGCAAUAUUUGUCCAGUCUCUCUAAGAUGUAUUUUAAAGAUUCCUACACAAAUGUCAGUAAUUUGGGAGGUACAAGCUGUUUUCUGAGGCAAGGGGGGCCGGCUCUUUGCGUCGUGUUCAAAUUCAAACGAGGUACUUUCUUCAAACGUGGACCCGUUAAAGACCGAAACCCCUCUCCUCUGUACCAGGUUACUGUAGCGAGCAUCCAUUUUGUCUCCUCGUUCCUGGUUUGUACCUGUGGCCACGCCUUUUGGUUGGUGGGUGGGUCGGUGGGUUGGGGCUCUCCUGUCUCCAUGGCAACUCUGCUGACCCCUCACAAAUGCACUUCCUCUUUGUGAAGGGGUCCCCAUGGCAUCGACGGAGCAGGAUUACCUCUUUUUAACCUUUUUAAAAAAAGAUCCAUAAUUCUUUCUGUGCCCCAAUAGAAAGAGAGCAUGAAUUAUUUUUUAAAUUCCUCUCACUUUGAUAUAUUGUUAUAUCUUAACGGAUUUGUAAUUUGACAUUGUGUAUUGUGUAUUUUAAUUUUAUUUUAUUUUCCCUUUUGGUUCCUUUUUGGGGUUUGUUAUAGCUCUGCUCUGUUUUUUUUUUUUUUUUUCUGCUAGUGGUCUCUGAAGCUGUGUGUGAUUGUCUAAUAGCAAUAGAACCGUAGAAUUGGAACAGUCCAAUUCCAUGAAUGGAACGUUCCAAUCCUGUGAAUGAACGGAACCCUGUCUGACCAGUUAUGAGAGGGUGGGGUAUGUUCUAGCUCCACCCCCCACAGCAGAGGGCCAUUCACUCACUGUUAUUGCUAUUAUGUGACAUGGUCAAAAAAUUUUUUAGCCUGCAGGGAAUUCUUGUGUUAAUGUGCAAAGUAAUAAAUUGGUAUUUUAUGCCUA